UUGAAUUGUUUCCAUAUGUAGAAUUGCUCAAUAGUUUCUCUCUCAAUCUCCAUAUCUCCCUCUCUGACCCUGUGUAUAUAACUGGGAGAUUGACACUGUAGGAGAUGAAUAUUUAAACUGUAGCUUCUACUAUUCAACAAUGGAGGUAGAUUACCCUGAAGAUUUCAGGUGUCCAAUCUCAAAAGAGGUGAUGAAAGACCCAGUCACAGUCUCCACGGGAGUCACCUACGAACGCAAGAACAUCGAGAAAUGGUUCUUGAAUUACAAGAAGACCACAUGCCCUGCAACCAUGCAAUGCCUCCAUAGCUUCGACCUUACUCCAAACCACACCCUCCAACGUCUCAUUCAAAACUGGCAACUUGACAACAAGAAAACAAACCCAGAUUCGCAAUCUUGUUCUUCAUCGCCUCAACCUUCAAUCAAGCACGAUGAGAUGGUGUCCCUGCUUCGUGCCAUCGAAUCUUCUCCUUUCAAGGUAACCCCCCUGAAGAAGCUCCGAUCUGUUCUUGGUGAUUGGAGUAGUACUGCAACGAUCAUGGAUUUUAUUGGGUCUGGUGGAAUUGAGGUUCUCGUCAAGAUUGUAAUCCAAGUUCUUGUUGAUUUCGAUGACUUCAGAGCGUGUGAGGAAACACUGGGGAUUUUGCAUCAUUUGCCAUUACAAUUCGAAGAAGACAAGAUGUUCGAUCAAUUGUCGAAACCAGACUGUAUAAAAGCUAUGACUGUGAUGCUUCAAAGAGGAAACGCGGAUGCAAGGCUUUACGCAAUCACAAUCUUUCAAAAAUUGGCCAAAAGCAAUAUGAUCUCCAACUGUUUGAUAAAAGACCAAGGUAUCGAUUUCUUUAAAUCUUUGUUAGAGCUUGUAUCAGACGAGAUAUGUAGCAAGGCUAGUGCGUGUGCCUUGGAAGUACUAAUAGAAAUACUGGGUUCUUCAAAGAAAAGCAGAUUAAAGGCCAUCGAAGCCGGUGCAAUAUGCAUCCUAUUAGAUCUCCUACCAGACUCUAAUCGAUCCAAGUGUGAGAAAAUCUUGCUUUUAAUCAAACUCUUAUGCGAAAACGCAGAGGGAAGGUUGGCUUUAGUGGAGCAUGGACUAGGAAUCGCAGCGGUGACCAAGAAACUGUUACAUGUCUCCAAUGUAGCAACAAAGUUAGGAGUUAAGAUAUUGUGGUUGAUCUGUAAUUUCAAUCCAACAGAGAAGGUCGUGGAAGAAAUGAUGAUUUGCGGAUCGGUGAAGAAGCUUUUGGCAUUGAUGCAUAUGGAUGGAAUAUCAUCAACAAAAGAGAGAGUGAAAAAGAUGUUGAAGUUGCAUUGUAAUUCAUGGAAGAGGUACCCUUGUUUCCCUGUAGAGUUGAAGGAGUAUUUGGGUUUAGAGAAUUAGAUUAUUUGAAUUAAUCAAAUGCAUUGAUGGUAAACACACACACACACACACAUGUAGAGAUAAUAUAAUUUUGUCAAUCAAGUUUGAAGUAGAAUGCCAGCACCAGCCAGCCAAUUGUUUUGUUUAUCUUGGGGGGUUUGAUUUUUCUCAACUUAUAUCGUCAUCAUCAGUAUUAUUUUUUUUUGUAUUGUAUUAUUACUUU